AUGACAGAUGUUGUGCAGCAGUCAUUCUACAAGAACUUUUCUACAAGUGGACCUGGCCAACUGCACUGCCACGCCGCCGCGCUGUGUGGGCCUGGCCGACCGCAGUGCCUCACCGUCUUGCCCUGUGAGCCUGGCCGACCGCACUACCUCGCCACCUCACCGCGUGGGCCUCGUCGACCGCACUGCCUCGCCGCCCCACCAUGUGGGCCUGGGGGACCGCACUGCCUCGCCGUGUGGGCCCGGCCGACUGCACUGCCUCGCUGCCUCGCCGCAUGGGCCUGGCCGACCGCACUGCCUCGCUGCCUCGCCGCGUGGGCCUGGCCGACCGCACUGCUUCGCCGCGUGGGCCUGGCCGACCGCACUGCCUCGCCGCAUGGGCAUGGCCGACCGCACUGCCUCGCUGCCUCGCCGUGGCCGAGCGCACUGCCUAGCCGCAUCGCCGCGGCCGAGCGCACUGCCUCGCCGCCUCGCCACGGCCGAGCGCACUGCCUCGCCGCCUCGCCGCGGCCGAGCGCACUGCCUCGCCGCCUCGCCGCGGCCGAGCGCACUGCCUCGCCGCCUCGCCGUGUGGGCCCGGCCGACUGCACUGCCUCGCUGCCUCGCCGCAUGGGCCUGGCCGACCGCACUGCCUCGCUGCCUCGCCGCGUGGGCCUGGCCGACCGCACUGCUUCGCCGCGUGGGCCUGGCCGACCGCACUGCUUCGCCGCGUGGGCCUGGCCGACCGCACUGCCUCGCCGCGUGGGCCUGGCCGACCGCACUGCCUCGCCGCCUUGCCGCGUGGGCCUGGCCGAACACACUGCCUCGCCGCCACGCCGCGUGGGCCUGGCCGACUGCACUGCCUCGCCGCCUCGCCGCCUCGCCGCCUCGCCGCCUCGCCGCCUCGCCGCCUCGCCGCCUCGCCGCCUCGCCGCCUCGCCGCCUCGCCACAUGGGCCUGGCCGACCGCACUGCCUCGCCGCCUCGCCGCGUGGGCCUGGCCGACCGCACUGCCUCGCCGCCUCGCCGCGUGGGCCUGGCCGACCGCACUGCCUCGCCGCCUGACCCCGUGGGCCUGGCCGACCUCACUGCCUCGCCACCUCGCCGCGUGGACCUGGCCGACCGCACUGCCUCGCCGCCUCGCCGCGGCCGAGCGCACUGCCUCGCCGCAUCGCCGCGUGGACCUGGCCGACCGCACUGCCUCGCCGCCUCGACGCGUGGGCCUGGCCGACCGCACUGCCUCGCCGCCUCGCCGCGUGGGCCUGGCCGACCGCACUGCCUCGCCGCCUCGCCGCGUGGGCCUGGCCGACCGCUCUGCAUCGCCGCGUGGGCCUGGCCGACCGCACUGCCCCGCCGCGUGGUCCUGGCCGACCGCACAGCUUCGCCGCCUAGCCGCGUGGGCCUGACCGACCACACUGCCUCGCCGCGUGGGCCUGGCCCACCGCACUGCCUCGCCGCCUCGCGGCGUGGGCCUGGCCGAACGCACUGCCUCGCCGCCUCGCCGAGUGGGCCUGGCCGACCGCACUGCCACGCCGCCUCGCCGCGUGGGCCUGGCCGACCACACUGCCUCGCCGCCUCGCCGCGUGGGCCUGGCCGACCGCACUGCCUCGCCGCCUCGCGGCGUGGGCCUGGCCGACCGCACUGCCUCGCCGCCUCGCCGCGCCUGGCCGACCGCACUGCCUCGCCGCCUCGCCGCGUGGGCCUGGCCGACCGCACUGCCUCGCCGCCUGACCCCGUGGGCCUGGCCGACCUCACUGCCUCGCCGCAUCGACGCGUGGACCUGGCCGACCGCACUGCCUCGCCGCCUCGACGCGUGGGCCUGGCCGACCGCACUGCCUCGCCGCCUCGCCGCGUGGGCCUGGCCGACCGCACUGCCUCGCCGCCUCGCCGCGUGGGCCUGGCCGACCGCUCUGCAUCGCCGCUGGGCCUGGCCGACCGCACUGCCACGCCGCCUCGCCGCGUGGGCCUGGCCAACCACACUGCCUCGCCGCCUCGCCGCGUGGGCCUGGCCGACCGCACUGCCUCGCCGCCUCGCGGCGUGGGCCUGGCCGACCGCACUGCCUCGCCGCCUCGCGGCGUGGGCCUGGCCGACCGCACUGCCUCGCCGCCUGACCGCGUGGGCCUGGCCGACCGCACUGCCUCGCCACCUCGCCGCGUCGACCUGGCCGACCGCACUGCCUCGCCACCUCGCCGCGGCCGACCGCACUGCCUCGCCGCCUCGCCGCGUGGGCCUGGCCGACCGCACUGGCUCGCCGCCUCGCCGCCUCGCCGCAUCGCCGCGUGGGCCUGGCCGACCGCACUGCCUCGCCUGGCCGACCGCACUGCCUCGCCGCCUCGCCGCGUGGGCCUGGCCGACCGCACUGCCUCGCCGCCUGACCGCGUGGGCCUGGCCGACCGCACUGCCUCGCCACCUCGCCGCGUGGACCUGGCCGACCGCACUGCCUCGCCGCCUCGCCGCGGCCGAGCGCACUGCCUCGCCGCAUCGCCGCGUGAACCUGGCCGACCGCACUGCCUCGCCGCCUCGACGCGUGGGCCUGGCCGACCGCACUGCCUCGCCGCCUCGCCGCGUGGGCCUGGCCGACCGCACUGCCUCGCCGCCUCGCCGCGUGGCCCUGGCCGACCGCACUGCCUCGCCGCCUCGCCGCGUGGGCCUGGCCGACCGCACUGCCUCGCCGCAUGGGCAUGGCCGACCGCACUGCCUCGCCGCCUCGCCGUGGCCGAACGCACUGCCUAG